GCAAUCGGAGGAACGAUGCGGCCUUGCCUGUGAAGAGGACCACCCCUCGCAAGGAGGCCAUCUUCUCUCUCUCUCUAAACGUGCUCUCUUCGCGCUCCGCGGAGGCCCUCUCGAAGCUCCCCCAGGUGGUCAAGCUCGUCGAUGGGUGGCCGGCGACCGACAGCGGAGGAGGAGGGGAGGGCCGCGCGUGGUAGGAAGAGGGGUGGUGGACUGCGGACCAUGCAGGCGGGGCGGGGCUCUUGCCGCGGCAGCUAGACCCGUUCUUAUCCCCGGAGCCGCGCGGUGUCGACAUUUGCUGUCUCUCGGAGCCCUUCCGUUGUCUCUCUCCUUCUCUCCCUUCCUUUUCGGCUUCCAGUUGCUUUCUUCCUCCGAAUUUGGCGGCAAAGUCGGGUCUUUUUUGGUCGAUCGACCGUGGUGGUGGGGCUUGUCGCCAUGGGGCUGCCGCUGAGAGAGGCGCUGAGGCAACUGUGCCUCGAGUUCGGGUGGUCGUACGCGGUUUUCUGGAGCGCGACCGGCUUUGGGAGUGGGAUGCAUUUGACCUGGGAGGAUGGGUAUUGUGACCGGAAGCUGGGCGUGUCAAAGUUGCAGGUUUCAGAUUUGCUGCUCAAGGAACAUGCUGUUGUUGAAAGUACCGAGGACAACUGCUUCUCGGAGCGAGGCUGUCAAGCAGAUGACAGAAUAGUUGAUCUGGUUGACAAGAUUAUGGCAUCACAGGUCCAUAUUGUCGGAGAUGGGUUAACUGGACAGGCAGCUUCAGUGGGAAAACAUCUGUGGAUCCAUAACCAUACCCUUGAUGGAUUUGGUUCCACAUCUAAGGGCUUUGCUGACAUAAAUUGCCAGAUUGUAGCAGGCAUUCAGACAAUUGUAGUUAUUCCUGUGCUUCCAGUUGGAGUCAUACAACUAGGUUCCACCCAGAUGGUUUUGGAAAACAUUGAUUUCAUUAAUCAUGUGAAAAAUUUAGUUUUGAAGCUAAAUUGUGGAUUGGGAGCUCAUCCAUCUGAUAACACCCAGAAAACACUGAGGCAAAAAAGUCAAAUGUAUUCUUCACUUGGCCCGCUUUUUGAUUGCCGAUCUACAACUGCUUGUACUACUGUGGACAAUAUACUGCCUAUUACUGCUAACGGAUUCAGCCAUGAGCUCAUCAGGUUCCUACCUCCAGAAUCUUUUGCUGCAUCGUUUUCUGCAUUACCAUCACAAAUGAAUAAGAAAAUGCAACCCAGUGCUUCUGAAAUAAUGUCAGGCAAACAAAAUGUGAACACUACAACACAUACUAUAGGUGAACUUUUCAUGCAUGGUACUCAGGACAUAUCUCCGAAGCCAGAUAUAGAGUGUACACAGCAAGUAAUGCCAGUUAAUACAGGCUCCAAAUGUCAAAACGAGCCUUCUGUUUCAAACUUAUUUCUAUUGUCCAACAGUUUAAAGGUCCUGGAAGAAGAGCUUAUGUUCACAUCAGCUAUUGGAACAUUAGAAUCUGUGAACAAUUUAUCUACAUCACUGCAAGAUACCAAGGGUUUUCCACUAAGUGUUAAGAGUGAAUCAUCCAACAAUGCAGAUAAACUUGGCAACUCCAGUUCCAUUCAGCAUGGAGUCACUGAACAUUCAAAUUUGUGUGCCAAGUUUUCUGUAAGUGGGGCACCCCAAAUUUUAGACCAAAGAAGCUGCUCACUUGGAAAACCUGGCAUUUCAGAGGUUUCUAACAAGGACCAGCCUUUCUGCAUCAAUGAAGUUUCUAAUCCUGUAUCAGAUGCAGGAGCACUAAAAGAAAACAGUGAUUUAGUUCAAGCUUCUUGUUUCUUUUCAUCCAAACCUGAUGUUCGAGUUUCUUGCCCUGAGAUGCCAGCUGACAUUUUUGAGUAUGAAUUUUGCUAUUCAAAUGCUGUUCAGAGAGAUCAAAGAUGUAAAAGAGUUAAUUAUAAGGUAAAUGGUAUUUGUCCAGGCGAGAGCAGGCAAUGUGUGCAAGAUUUGGAUGAAUGCAAACUUCUAUAUACAUCAAAAGACGCAUCACCAUUUCCUGUGGAUUUUACUUCAAGCAGUGAUCUUUUUGGUUUGUUUGAUAUUGACAAUAAGACGAAUUGCUCAAAUGGCAGUUUAGAUGAUGUUUUAGUGCAUGAGAAUAGUGCAAGUGCUUUUAAUGUGGGUACAGAGAUACCUGUCUUAGAUUCAUCAAGCAAUCAGAUUUUGUAUUCUGGGCUAUUUUCCAUAGAUGACAGUGAUCAAUUAUUGGAUGCAGUAAUCUCAAAGAUCAAUUCAGGUGCCAAGCAUAGCUCAGAAGACAGUACUUCUUGUAAGACUUCAUUAUCAAAUGUUCAUAGUUCUCAUUAUGCUGGAAAUCCCAGUCAUGGCGAAGGGCUUCUGUCGAAGCACAGGAAAGAUGACUUUAUUGGUUUUUCACCAGUACUUGCGAAAAAAGAGCCUUCAUACUCAGGUUAUGGCAAGUCUUCAUGCAACCUUGAGAAAGAUGGAGACUACUCUCAGAAAAUUGGGCUUCAUAAAUCUUUGAUCAGCUCAUGGGUUGAGAAUUGUCAGAAUGUUAAAUAUGACUGUGUAUCAGAUUCAAAUAGUAAAAAAGUUGCUGAAGUAGGUAAGCUAAGUAGGAAGAGGCCGAGACCUGAUGAGAGUCCUAGACCAAGGCCGAAAGAUCGACAGAUGAUACAAGACCGUAUCAAGGAACUCCGAGAAAUAGUACCAAAUGGGGCAAAGUGUAGCAUUGAUGCCUUGUUGGAAAAAACCAUCAAGCACAUGCUUUUCUUGCAAAGUGUAACCAAGCAUGCUGACAAGCUUAAGGUUGCUGGAGAACCCAAAAUCAGUGGUGAGGAGGGCGGGUUGCUCUUGAAAGACAACUUCGACGGUGGUGCAACAUGGGCAUUUGAGGUAGGAACUCAACCAAUGAUCUGUCCGAUCAUAGUGGAGGAUCUGAACCCACCUCGACAGCUGCUCGUAGAGAUGCUUUGCGAGGAGCGGGGUUUCUUUCUGGAGAUUGCUGAUUUCAUCAGAGGAUUGGGAUUGACAAUAUUGAAAGGGGUGAUGGAAGCACGAAAAAGGAAAGUUUGGGCACGUUUUGCCGUAGAGGCCAACAGAGAUGUGACUAGGAUGGAGAUAUUCGUUUCGCUCAUGCAAUUGUUACAACCCACGGCUGGAAGCAGCACAGGACCACCAAGUGUCGGCAACAUCAACAUGCCGCAUGCCGUACUCCACCAAACUUCUAUUCCUGCACAGGUUCUCUGAUCAUCUGUUAGCAAGUAAUUGGCAUGGCGCCGGUGUUGGACCUGGAAAAGCGAAGAGCAGGUUUAACUUCUCCUGCCAUGACUAGCAUUCCAGAACCUAUUUGGAAGACAAAUUAGACUAUAGACAUUUUUGUCUAGUCUGUUCCAGCUUAAUCUGGAAGCAUGUGAGCUGUGUACUUGGGAUGUUUAUUGUCAAUGCUAAUAGCAUACCCUUUGCCUUUGGUAAAUUCUUUAUAAAGAAAGCAGCCUUCUUGGCAACUGUUACCCUUCUUCUAAUUUGUUUGGAAUGCCAGUAAGAUGUGAAUGCUAUGGCAUGACAUUGAGAUCAA